CUGGAAAAUAUGGCUUUAAAAGGCUGUCAUUUUUUGUAUACAACACAGCAGGGUUGUAAAGAAGGCUGUGUAGCCAUUUCGUGGUCCAAGCAGUGUGGUAUAGAAGGCUGAGGAACUUUGGAAACAAGUUUUGUGCUGUAUAGUGGAAUAUGUGUGAAGUUGGAUCAAUGCCUAGACCUGGUAGAGUAUUUAAAAAUAUAGUAAGUCCCAUUUUUCAAUAUACAGCGAAAAACUGAUGUUGAAGUUAGGCUUGGGCCUGCAGAUGCAAACAUUAGCUUGUCUCCAAGUGCAUCUAAACUAAGAAUUGGGAAAGGUAUCAUGUCAGAAGAAACAAAUCAUGACAGAAAUACAGAUAUCAGAAUUUUGGAUCUGGAAUUGGUGGCAAAGGCACUUAGAAAAGCCUGCAAGUGCCCUUUCUUUGGAGGAAAUCUGUAUUUGAUGGAUGAUGAAAAGAGAGAAGAUCUGGUUUGCACAUUGUACAUUUUAUGUCAAAACUUUGAUGCUGACACACCAUUCAAGACAUCAAAGGCCAGUAAUAGAAAGUAUGAAGCCAAAGUGAGAUUUGCUUACAAAUUAAGAUGUAUAGCGAUUGGAAGACAUGGUGCGAACCUUUUAUAUGGUAAAUGAGCAUGCCUGGUUCUCCACAAAAAUUUCCUGCAAAUGAACACUACUCUCUUCAAUGCAGUUGCAGAAGUAAGUGAAAAGAGCAUGAACAUGGCACUCCAGGGGCAAGUCAAGAAAAUUGUGAUGCAACUAAUAUCAAAGAUAAAGCAGAUUCCUGUGACAGUUCCUAGAUGAAGAGGGGCAUAUUUCACUGCAUGGAAUUUCAAUUAUUAGUGACGACACUGGAAAAGUAGUAGACUUAAAGGUGAUGUCUAAAUAAUGUUCUACAUGUUCCUUGCACAAGAAAUAUAAUGAUGCAGGUAAAGAAAGAGAAUGGCAAGAAACACACAAAGCUGUUUGUAGCAGGAAUUAUGUAGGCUCCAGUCUCCAAUGGUGGGAUGGAAGAUCCUCAUUUUUCACAGGUCUUUGCGAAAGUGUGUGGUAAGAUACACACAGUAUUUAGGAGAUGGAGACUCUAGUGCUUUCAAGAAUGUAGUUGUAAGUCAGCCCUAUGGAAAAGACUGCACUAUUGAAAAACUGGAGUCCUCAGACCAUAUUCAGAAGAGGAUGCACGGAUGACUCGGAAGACUUUUUGCAGACAAUAAAGACAAGCUACUAGAUGAUGGGAAGCCACUGGGAGGUAAAAACAGCCUAACACAGAAGAGAAUUGACAGUCCGCAAGUCUAUUAUGGUGCUACAAUUAGAAGUAACCUCACAGAUUUGGAUAGUAUGAGGAAGGCAGUACAGGCCAUUUGGUUUCAUUACUUGUUGACAGAUGCUACACCUCAACAUUGCCAAUAUUCUAAUGAAUGGUGCAAAUUUCUGAACAGCAAGGAAAGUGGGGAAUCUUAUAACUAUAAAAAUAGUGUUCCUUACGAGGUUGCUGUGGUGUCACCGCCAGACACCACACUUGCUAGGUGGUAGCCUUUAAAUCGGCCGCGGUCCGUUAGUAUACGUCGGACCCACAUGUUGCCACUAUCAGUGAUUGCAGACCGAACGCCGCCACACGGCAGGUCUAGAGAGACUUCCUAGCACUCGCCCAGUUGUACAACCGACUUUGCUAGUGAUGGUUCACUGACAAAAUAUGCUCUCAUUUGCUGAGACAAUAGUUUAGCAUAGCCUUCAGCUACGACAAUUGCUACGACCUAGCAAGGUGCCAUUAUCAGUUACUAUUGAUAUUGAUUCAUGUACUGUCAAGACCGACAUUCUUCAUUAAUGGAUUAAAGUUAAGUGUUCCACCAGCUACGUCCUUUUUUCUAAAUUCUAAUUUCCUUGUCCUGUUCCAGACCUCAUGCCAGCCUGUGUGAGCUAAAACGCGUGCCUUUCGGCCUCCUUCUAGUAACACCGUGUUGGCUCUCCUGCCAACCCAAAAAAUUGGCGACGAGGCAAAACCGCGUUCUUAUUGAUAUUGCCCUGUUGUGUAAUGGCUUCGCCACAAUCUCCAGAUGUACUGUCCGAAUUUUAUCGCUUACAGAAUCAGCAGACGCAGGCCUUACUGGAUGCCCUAGGACAGCUUGUCCAGGGUCAAUGGGCAAUGCAAAACGAUGCGGCAGCCGCCGCUCCACCGCUAAUGCAGCCACAACACACUGUUGCACCAACUUUUUGACAUUUGAUGCUGCACUGGAAAGCUGGACGGAGUGGUCACGGCAAUUUGGAUUCCAUCUCACCACCUACAGAAUUCAAGCGACGGUGCCGUCCGGUCAGCGCCCUGGGGACCCAUCUACUGGCUCGCCUCAGCCCCAGGUGUUACCGAGGCUGCCUUCCAUUUUGCCCCAUGGCGGCGCGCCGCCACCACCACCGCUGCCGCCUGUUCUUCCGCUGGCGACGCCCGCAGUGGAUGCUUCGCUGCAGCCGCCGGGCACCUCCCUGGGUCAUGCACCGCCGAUCGCUUCCCCGGACCAGUGGUCCUCCGACAUGGAACUCUUGCCCGCUCCGGACCAUAUGUCGUCUUCGCCCGUCGGGUGCCCCGGCUCGAUGGAGGUCGACCCUUCGGCCCCUCCUGUCUCUCUGUGGGUGCAUACACCGCAUGUUGGCGUGCACCCUGGAGCAGGUUUUCAGGCGUUUCCUAGCUCCCCGCGGUCCAAAUGGCAGGGUGUGGGUGGCACAGCCUCGCCUGUUGUUAGGCUCCCCACCUCGUCGCUUAUGUCAACAUGGGGUCCUCCCUACGGCGGGCGGAAGCCUUAUGCCACAACCGUAUGCCGAUUUGCGGGGGAGGAAUGUCGUGUCACCACCAGACACCACACUUGCUAGAUGGUAGCCUUUAAAUCGGCUGCGGUCCGUUAGUAUAUGUCGGACCCACGUGUCGCCACUAUCAGUGAUUGCAGACCGAGUGCUGCCACACGGCAGGUCUAGAGAGACUUCCUAGCACUCGCCCAGUUGUACAACCGACUUUGCUAGCGAUGGUUCACUGACAAAAUACGCUCUCAUUUGCCGAGACGAUAGUUUAGCAUAGCCUUCAGCUAUGUCAAUUGCUACGACCUAGCAAGGGCCAUUAUCAGUUUCUAUUGAUAUUGAUUCAUGUACCGUCAAGACCGACAUUCUUCAUUAAUGGAUUAAAGUUAAGUAUUCCACCAGCUACGCCCUUUUUUCUAAAUUCUAAUUUCCUUGUCCUGUUCCAGACCUCACGCCAGCCUGUGUGAGCUAAAAUGCGUGCCUUUCGGCCUCCUGCUAGUAACACGGCGUUGGCUCUCCUGCCAACCAAAAUAGUUGCAAUGGCAAUUAAACCAACUUUUUGAGCACUGGCUUCACCAGAACUGCUAGAAAAAUGUCUGCAUAGCAAAACACUUAACCCAAAUGAAAAUUUCAGUGCUCUUAUUUGGAAGAGAUGUCCAAAGAUUGUGUUUGUUUCCAAUUUGGUAGUGAAGAUUUCUGCUCUGGAAGCUGCAGCAGUGUUUAAUGACAGAAAUGUGGCAAGCCUUUACAUCCUCAGUAAGUUGGGCUUUACACCUAGAGUCUUCACUGAGCAGAUACUGCAGAUCAUCGAUAAGCAACGAAUCAUGAAGGCAGAGACUUCAGUAAAAAAUAUAGAAAAAAUUGCUAGGUAAAGGAGCAGAGGAGCUAAAAUACCUGCAGAGUAUGAUGAGGAAGAACUGAAAUGUGGAUAUGGACAGUUUUAGCUAAGAAAGGAUUAAAAAUUUUUUUAAACAUUUCAUCCAAACUUGAAAACAAUUUUUCUGGAACUUAAGAUUUUCUCCUUUCAGAAACCACUGGAAGGAUUUCAGUGAAAUUUGGUGCACACAUUAUUUUAUUUGGAAGCACUAUUUAAGUGGAACAAAAUUUUAAUAUAGACUUUAUAAACAGUUUUAUGGUUGUUAAUAUAUGGAAAAUUUCUACGUAAAAGAUGUUCAAAUUAAAAAA